AUGGCAGACGAGAAUCAUCCGGCACACCUCUCUCCCAGCGAACUGGGCACGAAGAAUUACUGGGAAACGUACUACGCCCGAACCCUCACCCACCUCUCAAGUCAACACCAGCCAAACGCCCGACCAACCCCUACCGCCGACUCGUCCGACCCCGAAUCCGAAUCCGAAUCCGGAUCCGUCGACGACGACUCCGACCCAGGCACAUCCUGGUUCUCGGAGCACAACGCCCCCGAGAAAGUCCUCGGCUUCCUAACAAACAAAAACUUCCCGCUCGCGCCGUGCAACACCCUCCCCGCAGCCGCAGCCGCAAGCGCGAAAACGAAAACGAAAACGAAAAAGGCGCUCAGCGAUGAGGAGAGGCGCAGGCAGCCGAGCAUCCUGGACCUGGGCACGGGGAACGGGAGCAUGCUGGCGCUGUUGAGGAAGAGAGGCGGGUUCCGGGGUGUGAUGGUCGGGGUGGAUUAUUCGGCGCGGAGUGUGGAGUUGGCGAGGGAGUUGCAGCGGUUGAAGAUUCAUUCGGCGUAUUUGAGUGGGAGUGAUUCUGAUGGGGAGGAGGAGGAGGAAGAAGAGGAAGAAGAGGAUGUGGUUGUUUCGAAUGGGGCUGAGACUGCGCAGGCGGUUCCUGUACCUGGGGAGGAUAAGGAGAUGGAGAUUCGGUUUGAGGAGUGGGAUAUUUUGAAUUCGGAGGGGGAGUUGGGCGAGGAGGGUCGGUUGGACUGGUUCCCGUAUGCGCGGGGCGGGUUUGAUAUCGUGCUUGAUAAGGGGACGUUUGAUGCUGUUUCGUUGUCGGAGGAGGUGGUGGUUGAGGAGCAGAGGGAGGGGAAUGAGGCUGCGGCUUCGGCUGAAGCUUCGGCUGGGGGGAAGGUGAUCCAGCGCCGUGUGUGUGAGCGGUAUCCGGGUAUUGCGCGCAGGUUAGUGCGCAAGGGCGGGUUCCUGGUCGUGACGAGUUGCAAUUGGACCGAGGAGGAGUUGGUUCGCUGGUUUACGGGCGAGGAGGCGAAGGGUUCUGGCUCUGAUCGGUUGGAGGUCUGGGGCCGUGUGGCAUAUCCCAAGUUUAGAUUUGGAGGGCAGGAGGGCCAGGGUGUUUGCACGGUGUGUUUUCAGAGGGUAAACUAG